UAUAAUUAAGAUGUUAGUAAAUGACAGUAGGGAACAGGGAACCCAAUUUAAGUCCAAACUGCAGUUAUCGCUAAUCUUUUAUCAGUUAGAUUACUCAUCAGUUAUUACGGGACAAGUAUUUAUGUUUAUAAAUCCUAUGAGAAACAGUAGAAUUUAGAAAAGUGAAAACUGAAAUAGUAAAAAUACUGACGCUAACAGUUUUGAUUUUUCCGUUUUCGAAUUUGGAGUUUCUUUAGCAAAUCUUCAUAGUCUGUGUAAUUAGCAUGCAUUAUUUGUUGAUGUCCGUAAAAUUACCAAUGAUCUAAGAAUUGUUUGAUUUUUUUUUAAAACGAUUAAAAUGGACAAUUCAAUUGAUCAGCUUCACAAAAGUCGAUUUGGUCGAGUAUCGAGCAAACGAAAAUUCAGUGACGAAUAUUUAACUUAUGAAAAUGGUACAAUUAAUGUUGGCCAAUUAGAAAAAAAAAAUAAGCCUAUAUCCGAAUCGACAAAUAAUGGUACUUUGAAAGCAAAUAGUAGUACCUAUAUAAUCGAUUAUGAAAUCGGUGAUAUCGUUUGGGCAAAAAUGGGUAAAUUUCCUGUAUGGCCUGGAAUUGUUACUCAUGAUCCAGAUUCCAAUAUAUACUUUAAAGGAGAUGAUGAUUCACUUAUGUUUCAUUUAUACUUUUGCAAUGAUAUGCAAAAAAGAAGUUGGAUAAAAAAAUCUCAAAUUUUCGAAUUUGGUGGAAGAAAAAAAAUUUUAACCAAAUAUCCAAAGUUAAAUAGUCAAAUAGUCCGUAGUAAACUUAAACUAAAAUGGAACAACGCCGUAGACGAAGCUGAAUAUUUGGCAACUAUGAGCAAAGAAGAAAGAAUAACAGCGUUCUUUGUAAAUAAUCUUUUGCCUAAAAGUAAUUUGGGACUGACAGAGAAAUUAAAACGUGAGGACAAAGUGAAUCCUAAACCUAAUAGCAGUUCUACUAAGGUUGUGCUUUCUACUAGAUAUACGAUUAAAACUUCACCGAAAAUAGAACCAAAACUCGAAAACAAAUAUGACAACAAAAAUUAUAUAGUAAAGGUAAAUUACGAAAAAGAACAUCCCCGAGUUUUGAUCCCGGAACUUUGUAAGCAAUUUUACUCAAAUGGAUGGGUUACUGGUACUGGAGGCGGUAUCAGCAUCAAAUAUAAAGACCAAAUAUUUAUUGCUCCGUCUGGAGUUCAAAAAGAACGAAUGGAACCAGAAGAUCUUUUCGUCCAAGAUGUGAAUGGAGAAGAUGUACAAUGUCCACCUCCGGAGAAGCAGUUUACUAAAAGUCAAUGUACCCCAAUUUUCAUGUGUUCCUAUAUUGAACGGCAAGCGGGAGCAGUUAUUCAUACACAUUCUCCGGACGUUGUUAAACUUAGUUUAUUAAACCCAGAAAACGAGGUGCGAAUAAGUGGCCUAGAGAUGAUCAAAGGUAUUUACAAUGAGGAGCAAGGACGGUUUUACAACAACGACGAAGAUGUUAUUAUACCGAUCAUUGAAAAUUCAAAAUUUGAACGGGAUUUAGUCGAAACAUUUCAACAAGCUCUAAAGAAAUAUCCUGCUACUUCUGCCGUUCUUGUUCGUAAUCACGGCAUGUACGUUUGGGGAAAAGAUUGGAAAACUGCAAAAACUCAGUGUGAAUGUUACGAUUAUUGUUUUAAUAUAUUGGUGUUCAAGAAGACCAACAAUAUUUAAAUACGUACAAUGUUAAUCGAUUAAAGUACUCCAGCAGAAGAUUUUUUUCAGGCUAAAAAUGUAUUUAUCAACUAUUUAGAUGUUGAUUAAUGUUUUUUAUGAAUAAUGCAUAUGAGUUUCAAAUAGAUAUUUAUGAGUUCAUGUCCAUUAUAAUGUGUUUAUUUUUAUAACAUUCUUGCCUUUUAAACAAAAGUACUCACAAAUUAUAUUAUACUUUAUUGUUAUUCAUUGCAGUUAUUAUUUUAUUAAUAAUUAAAGACAAGAACAUUUAUUUAUUUUAUAUUAUACUACAAUAAUA